AUGGAAGCCAUUAAGAAAAGGAAAAAAGCAGCAAAAGGCAAGUGGGCUGACGAGCUCCCAUCAGUCCUAUGGGCCAACCGGACGACGCCAAGAGAAGUGACGGGGCAUACGCCCUUCUCCCUUGUCUAUGGGUGCGAAGCUGUUCUACCAGUCGAGGCUGACUUCCCAACAUCGAGGUUCGGUCUCAUGACGGAGGAGAGAAAUCAAGAGGAAAUGGAAGAUAACUUAGAUGCAGUUGAAGAACUAAGAGAAACAACGCUAAUUAGAAUGGCGGCACAACAACAAAUCGUCGCUAGAAGCUUCAACAAAAACGUCAAAGCCAAAACAUUUCAAUUGGGAGACUGGAUAACAACUUGA